AUGUCGGAUAUAAUAAAAUGGGAAAUAGCUGAUAGACUUCGUCAACGUGCACGUGAUGAUUUAUUUAAUUUAUUAGAAAGUAUUGAUGGUACAAAAGAUUUAUUUAUUGAUUCAGAUUUAUUUCCUUUAAUUGAUUUAACAUCAAAUGCAACAGAAAUACGAAAACACGGUGUUGGAAAUUUACAUAAACUUGAUUCAGCAUUAAAUUUUCAAACAAAAAAUAAACGUCUAUUUUUAUUGCGACCAAAUAUAGUUCGAUUUUUAACAUUAGCUAAACAAUUACGUCAAUUAGAUAUUCGUAAUGCACAUUUAAUAUGUGUACCAAGAAAAUUUUAUGCAUUUGAACAUUUACUUGAACAAGAAGGCCUUUGGGGACGAUGUACAUUACAUGAAUUAACAGCAUUUGAUAUGGUUCCAGUUGAUUAUGAUAUUUUUUCAAUGGUUAAUUCACAUUUAUAUUUAAGUAUUUAUUUGGAUCAUUCAACGGAUUGGCUAUCAACAAUAGCAGCUUCAUUAAUUGAUUUUCAACAAUUAUUUGGAAGAUUUGCAAAUACAAUAUCUUUUGGAAAAUUAGCUGGACAAGUUGCAAGACAAUUAGAAAGAGGACAAAGUGCCCUUAAUAAUCAAGAUACAAUACCAGGUGGACGACAAAUUCAAACAGUUAUAUUAUUUGAUCGUAGUGUUGAUUUAAUAACACCAUUUUGUUCUCAAAUGUGUUAUGAAGGUUUACUUGAUGAAUAUUUUAAUAUUGAAGGUGCUCGUAUGAAAAUUCCUAAAACUGAUAACACAGAUAAUUCUGGUAGACAAUUUGAGUAUAUAUCAUUAUCAACAAAAGAUGAUAUGAUUAUUGAAGGUAUACGUGCAAUGCAUUUCACAAAAGUUUUUCAAGAAAUCAAAGCUUAUUUAGCUAGACAAAAUGUUUUACAAAAUGAUUUUCGUGAUAAAAUGCAAGAUGCAUCAAUAAGUGAUUUAAAACAUCUUGUUAAUACUGAUGUUAAAGGACAUAUAAAUGCAAAAAAACAAUUAACACGUCAUUUAGAUUUAUGUACAGAUAUAUAUGAAAAGAAAAAAGCAAAUGAUUUUAAAAUUCAACUUGAAAUGGAAGCUGAUAUAUUACAUUCACAAAAUUUUGAUGAAAUUGUUUCAUAUAUACAUACAAUGAUAUGUCGUUGUGAACCAAAUAAAUAUCGUCCAUUACAAUUACUUUGUCUUUUAUCAACAGCAAAUAAUGGCUUAACACGUGAAUAUUAUGAAUUAUUAUGUCGAUCAUAUCUUCAAGCAUAUGGUUAUGAAAAUAUUCCACUUUUAUAUAAAUUAGAAAAAUUAAAUUUAUUUUAUGUUAAAAGACAAUGUGAUAUACCAAUAGCAACGAAUACAAAUUCACCUGUUGGUUUUCGUGGUGAUGCUUUAUUAAAAAUGGGAAAACAAGUGGCACAAAAUCUUACAGAGAAAACACAAAUACAAAAAACAUUUUUUCAAUUUAUGAGAAAAAGACUUAAUUUAACACCUGAUCUUAAUCAACAAGCUAAAACAACGCUAGGUCCAGAUAUGGCAGAUAUAUUUGGUUCAAUGUAUGUUCCAUUAUCAUGUCGAUUAAUUGAAGAAAGUUUAUUAAAUCCAACAAAAUUAUCAACACUUCAACAUGAACUUCUUCAACGUGGUUAUCCAGGUGCUGAAGAUCUUUUUUCACAUCGUUCAUCUGGAAUAUCAACACGUACACAAUUUCAUGAUGUUUAUCAUUCAAUUCUUGUUGUUUUUAUUGGUGGUUGUACACAAUCAGAAAUCAAUGCUCUUCGUAUGUUAGCUAUGAGUAAAAGUAAUAUAAAAUGGCAAUUUUAUUUUGCACCAACAAAUCAAUGGACACAUACAAGAUUAUUACAAGAAAUUGAAGCAUCACAAUGA